UCCAUCCGUUUAACCUUUACGUAUCUUUUUCUACUCCCCGUUCUUCAUCUAAGCUUUUCUAAUAAUUCAAUCGAGGGAACAAAGAAAGAAAAGGAUGACUUUUGAAACUAGCUCAAUGAUUUUAAUGGACUUGGCCAACUGAAUUCUGUAAAUAGCACUGCUUAACCCUAUAUUAAACCGCGGGGACGAGUUUUAAAAAAGACAUGGGCGAAUAAAAGCCAUUCCGUAAGCACCACCAACGUAAUGCGAAUGGGUUUAGAGAAACUUGCCUUCUCUAUCCUCUACGAUAUAAUUUGUUAAGUAAUCUCAAUUUCAUGUUGUCUAUAGUUUAUAAAUACACGAUCUAUUUAAUAAAUUCUCUAAUGAUUUCUGUAACUGUUUGUAAAUAAAUGUAUCAUCAUGUGGUUUGGAUGAAUAUUCAUUAGAUGUUUCUGCUUUAAUUAAGCAUUGGACUUCAGAAGUAAUGGAGUCAUCGGAAGAGACGUUUUCUGAAGAACACAAUAGUUUGCUGGUGGAAUUGAUUAGGCUCUAAACAUUUACAGUUCGAUAUCAGCAAAUGGAGAAAGUGCUGAAGUAGUACAGCAAGUAAAGGCAGCUCUACCAUACUUGAAGACAUAUAAUGUUGAAAGAGCUGAGCAACACAUUAUUAAACAUGUUAUGACUGUGAUCAACAAAAAUUUUGAGAAGAUUUUUGAAGAAAACAAAACAUUAUUAGAAACAGCUGAUGAUGAUUUCAUAAGCGUUUUAAUUAAGGCCAAUAUAAAGCUAUCUAUUGAACUAACCGAAAUUGCAGAUUUCAUAUUGAAAUUUAUUCUGCAAAAUAGUAAUAUUAAUUUGGUAUUCAUAGAGUCCAUUAUAAAAAGUAUACCUUAUUACGUCCAAUUGUUUUGUCAUCACUUCCAGACAUGCCACGCUAGCUAUAGAGAUUCAUUUGAGAAGGACAUUGCUUCUCUUUUAGAAGUUAUUCAAAUACUUUAUUCACACUUUUUGGAGAUUCUAGAAUCAUGUGUCUAUAUAACUGAUAAUCAUGGUGCCAUAUUGUUAAGUUCAACUCUGAUUGUUUUAUGCAAGCUGACUGAGAUACUUUCCGAUAUUAACAUUAAUCUAUUGGUGAUGACUUUUAAAAAUUUAGUGUCAAUGAGCGAAAAAUAUUCUAAUCAUUUGGAAAAUGUUAUGGAUCUUAUUGUCCCCAUUGAUUGUAUAACUGCUGAAAUCCAGAAAAGAUCAGUUUAUUUAUUAGAACAUGACGAGUCUUUUUGUUACCAAAUAAAAUAUUUGGAUUUUUUGUUUAAAAUAGUAAUGAAAUUAUGUGAAAAUUUCUCCAGAAGUUUUAACGAGAUGUCAUUGGGCAUUGCGUGCUUUUUUAUAAAAACUCUAAAUUUUUCAUUAGAUUUUUACAAGUCUUCAAAUUUGCCUAAUGAAGCAGUACAAUUGAUUGAGCAGAUACUGUGUGUAACAUUAGAACAGUUUUUGCAUCAAAUAUUGCUUAUUCAUGAUAUGUUUAAGACCCAACUACAAAAAAUAUUUCAUAUUUCGGACCUGAAUAUCGUGUGCAAAAAAUAUCCGAUGGGGUUAUUGAGCUUCUUAAACAUGAAUCUCAAGAUAUCAGUUCUGGACUACAACAUACCUCCAGAAUUUACUUCAAACAUGAUCAGUUUAAUUUUUUCUGCUCUAAAUCAGUGUUAUAAAGAUUUAUUCUACAAGAGUUACAAGGAAGGCAUAUUUUCCAGCCUAGUAAUAAAUAUUAGCGCCGCCAUUUUAAUCAGAGGGAACAUUGGGAAUGUAGAAAUUUUGUUAUUGAACAACUUGGUGCAAGAAAACCCGUUUGUUUCUUUAUUGGUGUUGGAUAUCUAUACACUGGUGUUGCGGAAUAUAAGUAUAAAUGACCUCAAGAAUACUUUAGUUUUCCUAUUGAGCUCUGUGAAAAUGAUGAAUUUUGGAGUUUUUACGCACCGGCCCGAAUCGAUUUAUUUUAAGGAACUGCUAAUAAGGAUUUUUAGUAUGUUACCCAUCACUUCCAAAGUGGAAAUUAUCGACACCAUCAAACCGGAAACAAAUUUGCAAAUAGGAUAUUUUAUGGGUGUUCGCAAUUUUCUUUCAUUUAAAAAAGUCUUAGGAAAUAUUGUUGAACCUGGAAUCUUUGGAAUUGAAGAGCAAAGUGUAAACCAAGAAGGAUUUCUUCAUGCGGUACAAAAUUUAAGUUUGCUGUGCACCACAGAUCUAAGGAACAACACUAUUGACCCGAUUCAGUUGGCCUUUGCAAUCGGUAAACUGUGGGAAUUCGACAGUUCAGUUGAGAGACUGGUUCUGACAAACCACGCAUCUAGAAGUUUCAUUCGGGUCCUUAUCAACUGCACCGCGGUGUACUGGAAGUAUUUUUCUCAAUCUCAGCUAAAGGUGAUAAUUAAUCAGCUUAAAGUUCUUAGCGCCCUAGAAGAAUAUAAAGUCAGUAUUCUCGAAACCUUUGAAAAAGUAUCAGUAGAUUCGAUCCUAUCAAACAUUGUCUUCGCAGGGGAUUUUGUUAAAGUUAACCAGGAACUGCUAAAUUCGGGAAGCGUCCUUUUGCGCGAAAUGACACUGGACAUGCUAUUCCAACGUUUCUCCACUCGCCGAUCGGUUUUGGAAAACAUAUUUAAAUCGUUCAGUGAAAAGUCGAUGGUAGAUAUUCAAUGUUACUUUCAACAAAUACCCAAUGACACUGUAAAUUAUGAAGGCAUUACACGAGCAUCUUAUGGGCAUGUAUGUCUCACAUGGUACAAUAAUCCUCGUUGUAAGUUAUUUAAUGCUCAGCAUUAUAAUGUUACGUUAUCUGAUAGAAACGGCAUAGAUACAUUUCCCGAUAGACCAAAAUUUCAUUAUUCGUUAAGCAAUCGAACCUGUGUUAGUACUUUUAAACAUAUGAGCAAAGAGGACAUUGUGGAGGUCGAAGACUGCGAGGCGGACGAUACCAUUCAGCGCCUGAAGAGUGAUGUCAAAUGCCUAUCGAAAAUUGUCAAGACUGAAAAAUUGACCCCAAAAAAUGUUGCCGAUUUAAAAAUUGUUUUGAGUCGGUUAUCGUCAUUAAUUUAAAUUGUCACUGUGUAAUAAAUUAUUUUGUUUGUACCCCAUAUUUAAGUUUAUUUUUAUACUCUUUUAUUUAAUUAAUAAAUAAUUGAGUGUUUCCGCUACUAAUAGACCCCUAAAAUAUGCAACCU